GUAUGAACAAGAUAAGGUAGUGGACACUAAGGACACAGUGCUAAGGACAGUAUUUCUCCAUGAUGACGGAGGAAAAGAAAUUAGACUUAACUGCCUCACUGGUUGAUUUGAAAGCAGAAUUGUUUAGAAAACAACAACAGUUCAAAAAAGAAAAACUUCAAAGUGGAGGUGCUCCAAUUAAGGGGAAAACUGUGACUAAAAAGCCCAAUAUUUGGGGUCAUAAAAACGCAGGAGUCUCAGAGAGGGCACAAAGGGACUUGGAAUCUAAGAAAGAGGAAGACAGUGCUUGGGAGAAAUCCAGAUCUUCACUGGAAGCUAAAGCUAAAUUAUAUGAAAAAAUGACAAAAGAAGGUUACAUACAUGAGGAAGAACAUGAUGAGAGGAUUUUGGUAGACUUCCAAAGAAAAACGUAUGAAGCCAUUAUUGAGAAGAGACAUGAAGAGAGACAAAUAAAAGAAACAGAAGAUAAAGAAAGAGAACCAGAUGUUGACAUCCCUCCACCUGCAGACCCAGAAGAAGAAUGGGUUGACUAUGUUGACAGCCUAGGUCGCUCAAGGCGAUGUAUGAAAAAAGAUUUGCCAGAAUUGAUAAAUAUGGACAAAGGACUUGGCAAGGAGACCAGGAAUGUUAAAAGCACAAAUGAGGACCUUUCCAGCAAACCUUCCCUUGUGUCAAAUGACAUGUACAAAGAAAUGCUUCGACAGAAAUGGGAGAAGGAAGCUUUAGAAGAUUUGAAUAAACCAGUUGGGGAUGUACAUUAUGCUAAUGUACAGUUUGAUGAAAUAAGAACUCAUGGUGUAGGAUAUUAUCAGUUUGCCAAAGAUGAAACAACAAGAAAACAACAGAUGGAUAUGCUUGGAAAAUUAAGAGAUCAGACUCAAGAUCAAAGAUCUAAGAGGGAGAUUAUUAAAGAAAAAAGAAAGGCACAGUUACAGGCCAGACUUGCAAAGGUCAGACAAAGAAAGGGAAUAAAAGAGGAAGAAAAAGAGACAGAUGUUGAAGUAAAAGAGAAGGAAGACAUGAUUGGUCCAGGUGUCACUGAGAAAUUGAUAGAGGCAAGAACUAUUUCAGAGAGAGAGAUUGAGGAUAAAAAACGUGCCACAGCUCCUGUUAGAGAAUGGGAUAAAGAAAAGAAAAGUGUUGAGGCUAGUUGGAAUUCAUGCAGUGAUGCUGAAAGAGUGGCAGAAUUUGCACCUCCAGACAACUACUUUGACACUGCUGUUCCAAAGAAAAGGGCACGAUCUGAUCCUCGAGAUGAAAGAUUAGAAGAAUUUGCUCCUCCUCCAUCUUAUUACCAACAGUCGUCAGAAAAAAGUUGGAAAAAUACUCUUAAAAGUAAUAAUAAACUGAAGACUCCAAAUUCUGAAGAACUUAAGAUUAAUACAACAAAAAUGUGUGCAAAUGAGGCCAACCUAAGUAAACCUUCCAGCAGUAAAAACAGUGGAGAAAUACUUGAAAUGCCAUUUAAAAAGAAAUUGGUUAGGGAAAUUACUAGCGAAGCUGUCAGAGAUUUGUCUCACAUACCUUUACCUCCAACACAAGUAAAAACAAAGGAGUCAGUUGCAGAAUCCAAAGUAGAAUGUCCAAUGCCACCUACACAGGCAACUCCAUUAUUGAACCCAAUUUCACAAGAGCAAUUACCUAAUCCUUUUGUAAGUCAGCAAUUGCAGCCUUCACAGGUACAUGCAAACAUUUCACCCUUUGGACAAUAUCCAGUGAUUAACUCCCAUACAGGUUCUACUUUUGGAACAAAUAAUGGCAUGUCAGCCCAUUCAAGGCAAAAUUGCACUGUUUCUGAACAUUCAAGUCAUCAGACUCGAUAUGGGGUUGUGUCUUACAUGGAAAACGCCAAUAAACAAAUGCCUACAUAUUUGCACGAAACCUCCAAAGUUCCUUCUCAAGUAAGUCACAUGAGUGAAGAGGACUAUAAGAGACUUGUGAGAAACUUGCCCAGCUCUCUUCCCGCUCCUCCAACCCAAGAUCAACCACUUCCAGUGUACCCGAGCCAAGCAGAUCCUUACAGUUGGGAUCGAUAUGAAGCGCCUGCUGCAAAACCUAUUAGUGUUGGUAUGAAAAAAGCUGUUGAUAGGACAUCAAGUGCAUUCUCAGUGACACUCACAGAAAUGCCUUUAGCAGGAGAUUCGGAAUGCACAAGAGAAGAUUCUGGUCAAGAGAAGACAAAUAAGAGAAACACAGUUUCUAAAACAAAGUGGAAACAUGGUGCUGCUGCUGAAAAUGCACGGCAGUCAUCUGAAUCAGUUAUUGGAGAAACUCUCAAAUACUUCAGACAGCUGACAGAAAAAAGGUCAAAUGACAAAAAUUGACUCUUUUCAGGAACUUAUCUACCUAAAAAGAAAAUGUACUGUUUAAGGAAUGCAUUUGUAUCCACUUAAAUUUUUUCAAGAAAAUCCUACCCGUCAGAUCACGUUCUAAUAUGAGAUUCCCCAGUAACAAGUCACAAAGUCAUGUUAUUGUAUUCUUUAUUAUUUAUUAGAAAGCUAAUCAGUUCCAGACUCUAAAUAUGUCAAUACAGAGCAAAAGAUAAAAGCACUCAAGACCACAACUGGCAUACACAGACAGCACAUUACAUUAACAACAUACUCUGAAAGGAUAAAGCAAUACAAGUAACUAUAAUCUACAGACAUAAAAGUACAAUUCAGAAUAAUAUCAAUGUACAAGUUCUUUGCUAAUUUGUGACAUUUAAAGUUUCUUACAGGUUAUCUGUACAAAAAAAGAGGUUCAGAUAUUAGGAAUAAUACUGUCCCAACUUUUAUGUACAGUAAAUUAUUUUAUAUACAUCUUGUUAAGUUAAUAAAAAGGGUAUUAACCCAAAUAAAAUAACAUUUUUGUGUUUAAUGAUAGAAUUUGGUUUUGUCUGUGUUGUGAAGAAAUGCACAGGCAAUAUCCCACCUGUUAUCAUACAGUAUAACCAUUUGAAUACAAAGUAGAGGGUGUUAUGCAUUUCUCCUAAUUUCAACAAAAGCUUGUGGUAAUGGGGGACUUAACCCUGGAAUGCGGGGUAUGGAUUUUUCAAUAGUGAAAUAUAUUUAAAAGACUACAGUCGUGUAUCUCCAAUGUAUUGAAUAUCUUGUAGUUAACGUCUUUUUGGAACAAAUGGAACUUUCUCAUCAGAUUGCCAGUCCAAAUACGCUCACUAUGCAGUACAUGGUCUUGUUCUCCCACCUUACAGUGCA